CAACUUUGUGUAAACAGUGUCACAGCUCUUGUCAAUCAGAUUUAUUUGUUUUUGACUGACUACAUCAGUCCUAUCAGUCUCAGUGAAGACUUGUGACCUGCAGCCGUAGUUCUCACUAGAGUAUAAAAGCUUGUCACAUGAUUCUACGGAAGUAGUUGCGAUCUAAACAGACAACAAGAUGGCAUCUCACCUGGGAGGAGGCGACCAAGGCAAUACCAGAGAUCAGAUACUGGAAGUAGGAGCUGCUUUGUUAACGGAUUUCAUCUAUGAGCGGGUUCGGCGCCAUGGAAACGGCAAUACUGUGGUGACCAGGGCACACCUGGGUGGAGGAGAGCUGUGUGACCCAAACCACAAGAAGCUCGCCCAGUGCCUGCAGCAGAUUGGAGAUGAACUGGAUGGAAAUGUUGAGCUCCAGAGAAUGAUGAAUGACCCUUCAGUCAAUCCCACAAAAGACAUCUUUAUGAAAGUUGCGAGGGAGAUCUUUUCAGAUGGAAGAUACAACUGGGGCAGGGUGGUCGCCCUGUUCUACUUUGCCUGUCGACUUGUCAUCAAAGCUCUUGUGACCAAAGUUCCUGAUAUCAUCAAAACCAUUAUCAGCUGGACAUUGGACUACCUCCGGGAUAAUGUGAUCAACUGGAUCAGGGAGCAAGGAGGCUGGGAGGGCAUUCGUUCCUACUUCGGCACUCCUACAUGGCAGACAUUGGGGGUUUUCCUGGCUGGUGUUCUCACCACUGUUGUAGUCAUUCGCAGGAUGUGAGAGGAAUGUGAAAAGCAGACGGAUGAAAGAUGAGAAGAACUGCGACUGAGGGGGAAAAUGGGUCAGGAACAAAAAUAAGAACAAACAUCAGAAGGACAACAGAAAGUUACAGCAGAGCGAACAAGUCGAACAAGAAGAACUUGUAUUUGGACAAGGAGAAACACUUCUGCCUCCUAGUCAUAUCUAAGGAUUGGGAGUUUGCCUGAAUGCACUGUCAAAACCAUGAUCCCUAUGCCACUGAGGAAGCGAGUUUGCAUGAUUACAUGCACAUAAUGCGGGGUGGAAAGGUUGUCAGACUUGAACAGGGAAUGCUUUUUAAGUAAUUUAUUUUUUACUUGGUACAGAUUUAAAAAAAAAAAAAAAAAAAAAAAAAGUCACUGCAUAAAUCUGUCUGCUCUAAAAGAUCUAUGGAUUGAAAUGUUUUCAUGAAUUCUAUUCCUCUCUACAUUAUUUUCAUUGUAUUAUUUUGAGUCCAUUCAACUUGCUUUUCUGAGCUUCCCACUCUCAUUCAUUUCACCAUGGUGUCUGCAUAGUACAAAUUCCAUCUUCAUAUGUAUUUGUGAGUGUUUACUGGUGUAAAUCUGCAAUGAUCUGCUGGCAAUGAACGUGUUACAUGGUGGUCGAAUCCCAUCAAGUUAAGAAUAGAUAUUUUUGCAAACAAUUGUUUGAUUUAUAAUUGAAGAGAAAUUAGCUUAAUAAUUGGGUUUAACCAACCCCAAGUAAUUUCUAUGCUUUUUUCGCAUGAAUACUUAACUCUGCCUUAUUUCAGUGGAUAACAAAAGUGUCACAGCAGGGAUUUGACUAAAACGUCAUGAUCUCAGCAAAAUGAAUCUAAAUUCCUUUCGUGUUAUAGUCAAUGAUAUGCUGUCUGUUUGGGCAUUUUGACCAGCAUUGUGACCGUAAUGUGGCUCCCAAUAAGAUAAAGCCUGGCAAUUAUUUGUCUAUCGUGAAGGGAGCCACAAGUCAUGAGCCGAUGCUUCCUGCAGUCUAUGGAAGAAGUUGCACUGCAGACAUAGACAGCACUGGUUUGCUCACAGAUGCUUACCUCACUUUAUACAUAUUCUAAGUACUGUAUUUUUACCUGAGUUAUUUCAAAUGCAAUCUUAUCUACAAAGCAAAAGGCUUUUUAUACAUUUUUCUUGUUUGUCAGUGCCUUGGUGUAUUUUUUUUUUUUUUAAAUCUUAUAAAUCACUUUGAUAUUCUCAAAUUUUCACUGUUUUCUACCACAUUUGUAAAGCUGAAAUUAGUUUGAAGUCUCCCUGAAAAUCUUUUUGCAGUGACCUUGUAUGUUAUAAU